UGUUGUGAUAAACUUAUUAAAUAGAUGUUAUAUGCGCAAGUUGAGACCGAACAUGAUUGUUGCAAUACUUGGAGCAACGGCAUCUGGUAAAACGAAAUUAUCGCUGAGCCUGGGGGAAAAGUUUGGAGGUGAAAUUAUUUCGGCAGACUCCAUGCAGAUAUAUCGGGGUCUAGACUUAGCCACCGCGAAAGCCACAGAAGAAGAGCGAAAUAGUGUCCCACACCACAUGAUUGACUUUUUGGACCCAACUGAGGAGUCAUUCACCGUCCAAGAUUUUAAACGUCAAAGUUUGGAAGUAAUGCAAAGACUUCGAAGGGAGAACAAAAUGGGCAUUAUAGUUGGUGGUACAAAUUAUUACAUAGAGUCGCUCAUCUGGGACUUUACCAUGCAUUCUAGCCAUGAUAUUCAAGCAUACAAAAAGAAUGACGUGGAAUCUGAAACAACACCAGAGUUAUACGCUAGGUUGUGUUCUUUGGACAGUGAGACUGCCAUGAAAUUACAUCCAAACAACAGACGCAAAAUUUUGACCGCUUUGCAUUAUCUAAAAAGUAGCGGUAAUCCUCUGUCAAAAGAAAUAACGAAACAGCACUCAACUGUUUCUUCAGUACAAGACGGGGACAGGGUUCGAGGUUGCUUGAGGUUUUCCAACUGCAUCGGUUUAAUGAUCGACUGUUCGCCUGAUGUGCUAGAAAAGAGAAUACGAACCAGAGUAGAUAAGAUGAUAAGUGAAGGUCUACUCGAGGAGUUAGAAGAUUUUAACUCGAACUACUACGAACAAAGGGUUGACAAAGGAUUCGAAACAGGAAUCUUCCAAGUUCUUGGUUUUAAAGAAUUUGAAAAUUAUUUUUCUCUAUCUAAAUGUGAUCGAGACACAAAAGAGGGCAGGAAAAUAUACAACCAAGCAGUCGAAUUGUUGAAGCAAAGAUCUGUAAGGUAUUCAAAGUCGCAACUCAAGUGGAUAUCGAAGCGCAUAUUACAAGAUGGUGAUCCUGAAACUAGACUCAAAGUUUACAGACUAGAUUCAUCUGACCUUAAUGCAUGGAACGAAAAUGUGAAUGAGCCGGCAAUUGAAAUUGUCCAAAGUCAUCUCAAUGGAACCAUUUGUAAAUAUGAACCUAUUCAGAGAUUGCUUAAACGGAAUUUGGAUCCUCAUAGACGGUUUGUAUGUGAUAUUUGCUCCGGAAAAGUGCUCAUAGGAGAAAUCUGUUACAAGGAACAUAUCAAAGGCAAACAACAUAUUGCAAAUCUGAAGAAGCGACAAAUAAAGAAACCAGAGGAUGACAGCGAACUUGUCAUAUUGAAUUGAUUUUUUUAAAAAUUGUAAUCUUUUAAAGUUCUGUGACGUUGUUGAAAAUCUUGAAACAAUUUCGCGAAUAAGUGACAUGUAAUCGGGAAAAUUGUGAAAGGUGCAAUUAUACAAUUGCGCGAACGAAUGACAUGUAAUCAUGUUACGCUGGCAAUAAUUAUGCGUUAUCCAAUCGGAGACCUUUUUUUUUCAGGUAUGCAACUUGCCUAACAGACUCAUUGAAUUAUUUCGAAUGUUAACUUGAUCAUAAAAUCAAAUUCUUUGUCUCCUGUGACACUUUGGCCUAGCGGUAACGGCUACGCUUGGGACGAGAAAUUUUCCCGAGGAGUUAGAAUUAGCCUGUACUCUUAUUGCCAACUUUAAAAAAUGUCUCAGUUAAAAAAUUCGAUUUAUCGUUCGCUUGUUUAUUUUUUGUCAUAUUAGCUUCCGCCUCGCAAAGUUUUCUAUUAAAUAGGAAGACUUUUUUCGGGUUAACAACUAGUUUAACAAAAUCAGUAGACUCAAUUGCUGCUAUGCUGCUCGAUUUCAUGAAAUUUCAAAUAAAACCAGCUGGUAGUGAAU